AGCAAACGGCUCUUUAUGUGAGAAAGCAGAUAGUUUCAGCGGAAGGAUAAAAUCUGUCCUUGAGUAGCUAGUCCUUUUUUUUAUGGUUUGAGUAGCUAGACCUUAGAUUUUCUGAAAAUAAGUGAUUCGGAAGUCCCUAUUCAGACUAGAUUAGGUUUUUUGAAUUAAAUCAUAUUUUAGUGCGCCCAAUCGGAAGACCCCAUUCCGAAUCGCAAUUUAUAUGGUACACCCGGCUGUACCUUCCUCUUGGUACAGCCAGGUAAUUUUGUAAUAAACUGCAACUUCUAUCCUCUUUAUUUCUUCUUUUUCCCUUUGUUCGCUUUUUCCCUUUGGUCGUCGUCUCGCAGCUUUCAUCUUCUUCCGCGGAUUGCUUCUUAGUAGCAAUGCCAUAGAUUUUGUUCUUCGAUCGGUUCUUCCGGUCCUUCUUCUGUUUAUUUGUUAUCGAUCUUCCCGGUUUUCUUCUGCAGCUUUCUCCAUUCGUAGUUUCGAUUUUACUUCACUGAUCGAUUUAGGUAAGUAGUUUUCUUUGCCGUUUUACAUUUAUAUGUUUUUUCCUUCUUCCGUUUCAAAUUCUUUUUUGUUUCGUCGAAGUUAUCUUUUCCUGUAAUCAUCUUUAUUUUUACUCAACUUAUUUUUUGGUUGUAUUGUUAUACGUUGUCGCUACUGUUAUAACUAUUAUAAGUUGUUUCAGUUCAAUUUUUUUCUGUUUUAGAUUCUUAUCGACCAUAUGGCUGAUUUUGGAGGUACUUAUUCUAUGAACUAAUUCAUUACAUUAGUUGAUAUGUUUUGAGUAUUUAGUUGAUCAGUUUUGAGUUUACAUUUGUUUUGUUUGUUUUGUUUUUACUCUGUGCAGAUUGUAUUUCUCCCCGUGGAAGAUUAAUUGAGGAUAUAGAUUCUGGAGGCGGAAUUGUUGGCAUUCAAUCCAAUUUCUUGGAUUCUGCUGUUAAUUUCAGUGAAGACCAAAAUCUUGUUUGUGCAACAGAAUCUCUUUCUUUCGGACCAACUGAACGUUCAUCUAGUUUUGAGACUGUACAAGUUUGUCAUGAUCCUGUUUCUGUUGAAACCAUAUUAGUGAAGGAAGCUGAAUUUUCUGAGUUGCUUGGUACAACUGUAUUUUCAGAGGAAGAAGCAUUUCAAUUGUAUAAUGAUUAUGCUUUUCGGAUUGGUUUUGGAGUUAGGUACUCUACUUUGAGAAAGAGGGAUGGUGGUUCUGGCUUUAGGGGAAGGGAGUUCUGCUGCACUAAACAAGGCUUAAAAAAAAAUAAAGGCGUUGAUGGGAAGCAAUUCACAAAAGUUGACAUUCGUACUAAUUGUAAGGCACGAAUUUAUUUUGAGAUAAAAUCUAGCGGUGAGUGGGUUGUUGUCAGACACCUUAUGGACCAUAAUCAUCAGUUUUGUCCAAACUCAUUAGUUCAUCACGUUAGAUCUCAUCGUUCUAUUUCUUCUAAUGAGUUAGAUUACUUGCAUCAUUUGAAAAAACAAGGAGUCAAGAUAGCUGAUGGAUUUCGAUGUUUGCAAGCGGAAGCAGGUGGAUCUCCUUCGGUUGGUUUUCUCUUGCGUGAUGCAUAUAACGAAUUGACAAAACAGGUCAAGAAAUCUUUUGAUGGUUCUGAUGCCAAUACCCUGAUUAACAUCUUUAAGAAUAGGCAGUCAAAUGAAGAAGAUUUCUUCUUCUCUUUUGAGAUAGAUGUGGAUGGUUCUUUAGUCAGUUUCUUUUGGAGAGAUAAAAAAAUGAAGGAAGAUUAUCUAUCUUUUGGUGAGCUAGUUAUUCAUGAUACGACCUAUCGUACUAAUAAAUACGAUAUGAUAUGUGGACCGUUUGUAGGAAUUAACCAUCAUACCCAUACAUGCAUGUUUGGUUGUGGAUUUCUUCUCAAUGAAAGAAUUGAAUCUUUUGAAUGGCUUUUCACUACUUUUCUGAAUUCAAUGGAUUUUGUGCAUCCGAAAACUAUUAUGACAGAUCAGUCAUCCGCCAUGUCUGCUGCAAUAGUUAAAGUCUUUCCUUCUUCAAGGCAUCGUCUUUGUAUAUGGCACAUAAUUGAAAAUUCUAAAAAACAUAUACGAGAUUUGAGGAAUGACGAAGGCUUUUUGGCUUUAUUUGAUCAUGUUUUGAAACUCUGUCAGACUGUUGCAGAGUUUGAUCAUUAUUGGAAUAGGUAUUUUUCAUUGUUCGUAUACUUCCUUUUAUGUUUUCUGCAUUUACAGUAUACCUUCUUGUUGAGCAAACUGCUUAUCUGUAAUGAGUAAUAGUGUUUUUUAAAUGAGUAUUUUGCUUCAUAUUUUGCAGGAUGGUUUGUGAAUACAAAUGUUCUGAUAAUCCUUGGUUGACCAAACUGUACGAGAUGAGAGAGAAAUGGUGUCCAGCUUUUUCAAAGCAGUUCUUUUCUGCUGGAAUUUUGUCUUCACAACGAAGCGAGUCCACGAAUAACUCAAUAUCUAGAAAACUGAAUGCAAACUCGUGUCUUUGUGACUUCUACCAUUUUUUUAGUGAAAGUGUGAGUCAAUGGAGAAGUAAUGAGGGUAAAGAUCAGCAACGUUGUUGGGAUGGUUUUCCGGAAAUUGCCAUUCCUUUUGUUGGUUUGUUACAUAAAGCCUCCAAGGUCUACACGAUUGAUGCGUAUAAACUGUUUGAGAAAGAAUUUCUACGAGGUAUGUCCCUGAAAUAUGAACUUAGACAUCAACAAGGUUCUUUGAUGUCAUAUUUGGUAUGGAUGCCUCAAAUAGAUAUAUUUUCACAUUGGGUUUCUUUUGAUAUGACAACACAUUUUGUUAAAUGUUCAUGUGAGAAAUUCUCAGAAGUUGGUAUUUUGUGUUGUCAUAUUCUUCGUAUAUAUCAUAUUCACUGUGUAGAAGUUAUACCGGAUUGUUAUGUUCUGAAACGUUGGACGCGUAGUGCAAAGUGUGUUCCAACUGAACAAAUAUAUGCCUCAUCUGGGACUUCUAAUGUUUUACCUUCUGUUUGGAGAAUGCAAAUGCAAAAGAAAUUUCACAAGCUUUUGUGCUCUAGUGAUUCUAAUUCUGCAGCAAGACAUUUUUGUGAAGAAUCUUUUACAAAGUUGAAAGUGGAUGUUGAAGAGCAAGUUGGAAGUAUUUACUUUUCAGAUAGUGAAUCUUCUACAGUUGGUUUGGGUUCAGCAAUAUCUAAUCCAAAGUCUUCAAGGAAGAAGGGUGAAAGAAAUGUCCGUCGCAAGAGUCUUAUUGAAAUCAAAACAAAUCAAGCUAGAGCAAAGAAGAAGUCACGUCAAGCUAGUACAUCUGAAACUGAUCAAGCAAAUUUGUAGUUUGAUUUUCCAAUAGCUAUGUAGUAAUACUGUUAUAUUCACUAGUUUACUAAUGACUGGUGUCAGGUUUUUUUAUUACUCAACAUUUUUGUGUUCAUGCUCAGACCGUAGCUGUAUGUUAAUCAUUUAAAAUUAUGCUUUGGAAUAUUAUAAAUGUUCUCUGAAA